CAAGAUUUUGACAAAUGGAAUAAUAUUGAGGGAAAAGAAUUACAAAUCCCAGAACUUACAGACCUUGAAUAUCUUGCAGGUGGUGAUUUGAUAUUGUGUAUAAAGCAAAAUAGUUUGAUGGACAUAUUCA